CUGUAGUUGCACCGUUAGCGUCCCGCAAAUGUGUUUAUAUUUUGGUAGUGUGCGCCCUGCAUCAUUUUUUCUAAGUUUCUUUGCAUCCCAGAAGGUUUUUUUCAAGGUUCCUCUCUCGGCGGGCGUACAAAAAAUGCAUAAUAUUUUUUAAAAGGUUACAUAAGUGCGUGUAACCGACGGACCAGCUUGCCUCAAAAAAGUUCCUGUAUAUAUGUCUACGAACUACAAUACGUAGUAUACAAUAGUUUCGAUUCCGUCAUACUUGGCACGGUAAGCACCCAAAAAUUCUGGAACUUAAUGCCAGGCAGCACAAUUGGCAGAACCCCCGGACACAAAUCCUCGUUUUAAGCACACCAUACUAGUAGUCUUUAGAUUAAAGUCGCCAUGCUGUGCGCCCUUGUUCGUAGUCCAUCCACUGGUCAGAAGGCCCUAUAUCGCUCCGUGACCGAGCUAUUUGGCGCGGUUCACGAUGUCCGUUGGCUGUCCGCCGGAAGAGGCGUCUAUCAGCGGCAGCCCCAGUCACAGUUCCAGAACCCAACCCACCGUCAAGAUCUGCUCUCACUUUCCCGGCUAGCGGAGAGUUCAAAAUUAUCAGUGCGAAGCCUUCACUCGGAGCACGACGCCAUGUUCUACUCGAUGUACGCCUACCUAUCCAACCUUCCACGCCUUCAUGUUUUGGGCAUGGCAGUGGUGGCCUAUGUAGUUUAUUACCUAAUCCAGGUGGUCAAGCGACCGAUUAUCGCUUGUUCGGACGGACCGUUCAAGCAAUAUCUUAUUCGCAAGGUCCCAACGCUAGAGAACAAGUUCUGGCCUACCUUCUGGUGUGUGGAGAGCCGUGCCCAGACCGUUCUUGCGAGCCUGCUGCGCUCCAAGAGUCUACCUGGCGUUAACUACCGCCGUGAAAUUCUGUCGUUAAAGGAUGGUGGCGAGGUAGCACUGGACUGGAUGGAAGAAGGCUGCGACGCCAGUUCUCCAUGUAUCAUAAUUUUACCAGGUCUGACCGGAGAGUCGCAAGCGGAGUACAUCAAAUGCCUGGUCUUCGCCGCCCAGCAGGCUGGAAUGCGUGUGGUGGUAUUCAACAACCGCGGACUCGGUGGCAUAGAGCUUAAGACACCGCGCCUUUACUGUGCCGCCAAUUGUGAAGAUCUGUGUGAAGUUAUUCAACAUGUGCGCCGCACUUUGCCCGCACAGUGCAAGCUUGGAGCCACUGGAAUCUCCAUGGGUGGUUUGAUUCUAGGAAAUUAUUUGGCCCGUAAGAGCGACGAGGCUAGGAACAUUUUAUCGGCGGCAAAGAUUAUAUCGGUGCCUUGGGACGUUCACAAGGGCAGCGCAAGCAUCGAGAAGCCCGUUAUUAACAGCCUGCUCGGCCGCCAUUUGGCUGGAAGCUUGUGUCGUACCUUGCGCAACCACCUUGACAUAUACAGAGAUAUUUACCAGGACUCUGACAUCGACAUUCAACGAAUUCUGCGCUGUAAAACCAUCAAAGAGUUCGACGAACUGUUCACGGCCAAGCAGUUCGGCUAUGCCCAUGUGAAUGACUACUACUCGGAUGCCACACUGCACAACAAACUGGAUCACAUCUCAGUGCCGCUGCUCUGCCUAAGUGCUGCCGAUGAUCCGUUCCAGCCACUGGAUGCCAUCCCCAUCAAGGCGGCCAACCAGUGCACUCAUGUGGCUAUUGUGAUUACUGCACGUGGUGGGCACAUCGGGUUCCUCGAGGGUUGGUGGCCAUCCACUAAAGACCAGUACAUGGGUCGUCUGUUCACUGAAUACUUCACCAAGGCGUUGUUUGACGAAGAUGGGGAGUUCCAGCAUACGGCCAAUAAGAUGCAUGAACGAUUUUUGGCCAAGCAAACAGUGGCCAUGGCAGCCUCAUCACCAGUGCUGCUUGCCAAGAAGUUAGACGCCGAUCAGUUGGACCAUAAGGUCAAGCUGAUGUGAACGAGAUGUGCUACUCUUGCUCAGUUUUUGUCCAUUUAGGAUUUCCAAUUAAAUACAUAGAUAUUCGAAAAUGUAUUUCGAUAGAUUUCCGUGACCGAAGACUUUCGUACACAUGUGAUAUGAAACGUUGAACAAAAUCCAAAGUGUUGUUAUACUCUAAGUCAGCGAACAGGGAACCAAAUUGUCAGUUAAUACGCAUAGUUGCUUAAAUUACUCUUAGAACGUGACAUUAGUGACAUAUCAAGUUGAAAUGGCUUUACAAAUCGUAGUGUUAAAUUCAAAUAAAAAAAAAGAUAACUAUCUGACACAA